CUGUAGUAAAUUUUAUUACAUCCAUAUUUGUUUAAUGUGUGCUUUAUAAAAUAAAUAUAUAUAUACAUAGAUCUACUAAUAUCGUAGAUAUAAUUUGUACAAAAUGCCUAAGAUAAUACAAAAUCUAAAUAUUGAUAUUACAUGUCGAUCAUGUUUGGCUGAGUGCGAUACUUUAACAUCCUUAUAUUCUGUUGCUGAAACAUUCCAUUCACCGCUUUCAUUGGGUGAUAUUCUGUUAAAACUUUUUCAAGUUAAAUGGAACGAAUCUGUGGAAUUACCAACAAAAAUUUGUGACUCCUGCCAACAAGAACUAAUUACAGCCUACAAUUUUAAAAUUAAAACUGAAGAAAGUGAAAAUGCUCUAGUUGAUUAUUUACGUCGAAAUGAACUAUUUAACUCUGCUGAUGCUAUUGAAAAAUCAGAUUAUAAUUUAAUGAAAAUUAAAGACGAAAAACAUGAAGACACUAACUUUGAUGAUAUUUUUAGCUCAGAACCUAUAAAUGUCGAUUCAAAUUUAUGUAUUAGUAAAAAUUUUUAUGAUGAAAAAGGAGGGCAAAACAAAAAUUCUGUAAGGGAAGAAGAAUUUGAACAGCAAAAUGAUGAAUAUUUUUUAAUCAAAAAAGUUACUGAGAAUUUAAUCUGCAACCAAUGUAAUAUAGAAUUUGCUGUUAAAUUAGAAUUUGAUGAGCAUAUUAAAACUCAUGAGAAUGAAAAGGAGUCUGCCAGGUUUUAUUGCGAAGUUUGCAAUAAAAAUUUUGUAUCGAACAAAAAUUUAGAACGGCAUUCAAAAAAGCAUUUGAAAAAGAAAAGUGAUGUCAAAGUUCUAGAAGUUCCGGAGUUUGUACCAUCAAAAUUAAAAAUGGCAAUUGAUAGACAUUAUGGUUGUACGAGUUGUUCAGCUAAGUUUUCUAGUCCUGUACAAUUAAAAUGUCACAUGAAAGCUCAUACGGGGAAGAGCUUCUACUGCGAAUUGUGUGAUAGAUUUUUUGUAAACAAUCGAAAUUUGCAGAGGCACUUAAAAUUGCAUUCUGAGGAAAAGGAAGAGUUUAAAUGUUCAAAUUGCGAAAAAAAUUUUGAAACUAAAUUAAAAUUGAAAUUACACGAAAGAACUCAUAAUACUUUUGGUGUUGACAUUGAUGGUAUAGAUUUGGACAAAAAUAAUUGUAUGCCUCACGAAACAAAAUACUUAGAAUGUAAAAUAUGUGAUUUAAAAUUUGACAAAAUAUUUUUAUUAAGGCGACAUUUAAUUGGCCACAGCGAAAUAGAAACUAUAGAUCCCAACUUUGUAGAAAAAAGUUAUUAUUUGAAAAGCCUUAUUCCUGAUAGUAGAGAAGAUAUUCAAAGAAUAAUAAAUUUUAUAAGUGAAGAAGUGCGAAACGGACAUUUUCAUAAAUUUUAUUCUGGGACAAAUUUGAUAGGUAAUGAGUUAAAUUUCAGCGAUUCAGAAACUGAUGUAGACGAAACUAAUAGCGAGACAGUAACUUUAUCUCGUUUAUACACAUGCGAAAAUUGUUUUGAGAUAUUUGAUCGUCGUUAUAAAAUAUUAAGACACCAACGGUAUGUUCAUUCGUUAGAGGAACAUAAAUACGAAUGUGAUUUAUGUCAUAUGCGAUAUGUUUCUGAAGAUUUGCUCGAAUAUCAUAAAAAGAGCCAAUGUUAUAACGAUGAAAAAUCGUAUACAUGUGAUGUUUGCCAGAUGAAAUUUAUGUGGAAAGCUAAUAUAGAAGAACAUAUUAGAAUUCAUCAUAGUAGAACUAGAGCACCACAAAAGCUUAUUCGAAAAUAUUCAUCUAAGUGUAAGCUAGAUUGUGAAAUAUGUUACAAAAAAUUUUCAAGACCAGAGCAUUUAGAACGUCAUUUACGAACACAUAAUCCAGCAGAAAAAAAGUUUGAAUGCCCAAAAUGUAAAAAAAAAUUUAGUAGAAAAGAUAAUUUACGUUGUCAUAUGAAAGUGCAUGAUGAAAAACGUACAGAUAUAGGAGAUGAAGGUAAACAUUUCCUUUGCGUAUUUUGUGGUCGAAAAUUUCGUAAUUCGUCUAAUCUUGUUGUUCACACAAGACGCCAUACAGGAGAGAAGCCAUUUAAAUGUGAUUUUUGUGAUAAGGGAUUUCCAAGAUCUUCAGAUUUACGAACACACCGACGUACACAUACAGGAGAAAAACCUCAUCUAUGUAACACUUGUGGCAAAGGAUUUUCAAGAUCAAAUAAAUUGACAAGACAUAUGCGUAUUCAUACUGGGGAUCGACCUUAUAAAUGUACUUACUGUGAUCGGGCUUUCACUCAAUCGAAUGAUUUAACAAUUCACAUACGCCGACAUACCGGUGAGAAACCAUAUACAUGUGGUAUUUGUGGCGAACGUUUCAUUCAAGGGACAGCGCUUCAAACACACCGUAAAACUCGUGGACAUUAUGAAGAUGUCGCGGGUGUUGAUGUUCCAUUUGCUCAUUUAAGUCAAAAUAAUCCGAACCCUUUAAACAAUGCUGGUCGUGUUGAUCAAAUUGGACUGCCUAAACCGAAUUCGUUAAAAAAUAAUGAAGAUACAAAACCCAUGAAAAAUGAAUUGCCGGACGAUGAAAAUGUCACUAUGGAAUCACAUCUAGGAAAAGUAAAGAAUUCAAUUAAUAAAGUUAAUAGCCUGCCUCAACAUAUUGUAGAUCGUAACCCUGACUCUGAUGUAGGAAUUGGAAAUUCCUCAUUCAAUUAUAAAGACAUCUCAAGUUUUGUAACAGGUGCUCAGGCGCAUCAUCCUUAUAUACAAUGUAAUCCGUUAACAUUGCCUUUAUUGCAAAGUACUUCUGUUAUAAGCAAUACUCCCCAUAAUGGAGGUUCUUUAUGUGCGACGAAUUACACAAUAUUAGAAUCUGAAACAAGUUCUUAUAACAAUGAUUCUAAAAUUAAAACUGAAGAAAGUGAAAAAGAUCUAUUUGAUUAUUUACGUCGAUUAAACUCUGCAGAAGCUGUUGAAAAUUCAGAUUGUAAUUCAAUUGAAAUUAAUGAUUUCCAACAUGAAAACACUGAUUUUGACGAAAUUUUUAACUCAGAACCUGUCAAUAUUGAUUCAGAUUCAGAUAUUGAUAAAAAUUUUAAUAGUGAACAAGAUGGACAGAAAAAAGAUUCUAUAAGGGAAGAUGAAUUUGUGGAGGAGAAUUAUGACAAUGUUUUGUUAGUCAGCAAAAAAGUUUCUGAAAGUUUAAUCUGCAAUCAAUGCAAUUUAGAAUUUACAACUAAAUCAGGAUUUGAUGAACAUGUUAAAAUCCAUGAAAAGAAGUCUUCCAAGUUUAUUUGUAAAGUUUGCAAUAAAAAUUUUGCCUUAAUUAAAAAUUUUGAACAACAUUUAAAAAAUCAUUUAGAAAACAAAUUUAAUGUUAAACCUAUAGCAGUUCCGGAACCUUUGCCAUCAAAACCACAAACAUUAUUUGAAGGACAAGGGAACGACAAAAAGAAAAUUGAUGUCGAAACUAUAGAAGUUCCAAAAUCUUUACCAUCAAAACGAAAUACAACUUUUGAAAGACUUUUUGGUUGCACAAAGUGUUCAGCUAAGCUUUCUACUCCCACUCAGUUGCAAUUUCAUAUGAAAGCUCAUUCAGGAAAAAGGUUCUAUUGCGAAUUGUGUGAAAGAUUUUUUGUAAACAAUCGGAAUUUACAGAGACAUCUUUACAAUUUGCAUUCUAUUGGAAAAGAAGAAUUCGAAUCUCCUAGUAGCAAAAAAUUGUCUAAACCCGAAAUAAAAUUGAAAUUGCAAGAAAAAAGCCAAAAUAAUUUAAUUGUUGACAUUGAUGGUAUAGACAAAAUUAGUUGUAGACCACAGGAAGUUAUAUAUGUAGAUGAACAUGGAGAAUCUACAAGAGAAAAUGAAAUUGAACAGGAAAAUAAUGACAAUUUUCCAUUAGUCAGCAAAAAAGUUACUGAAAAUUUAACUUGCAAUCAAUGCAAUUUGGAAUCUGCAAAUAAACUGGAAUUUGAUAAGCAUAUUAAAACUCAUGAGAUUGAGAAGAAAUCUGCCAAGUUUUAUUGCGAAGUUUGCAAUAAAUGUUUUGUAUCGAACAAAAAUUUAGAGCGACAUUCGAAAACGCAUUUGGAAAAGAAAGGUGAUGUCGACACUGUAGGCGUUACGGAAUCCUUAACACUUAAACCAAAAAACUCAUUUAAAAGACAACAGAAAAACAAAAAAAAAAGUGAAGUCAAAGUUAUAGCAGAUUCGGGAUUUUUAUCAAUAAAGCCAAAAACGACAUUUGAAAGGCAAGGGAACAUUGAUGGUAUAAACUUAGACAAAAAUAGUUGUGGGCCAAAUGAAACAAUAUAUUUAGAUGAACAAGAUGGACAAAGAAAAGAAUCUAUAAGAGAAGAUGAAGUUAAAGAGAAACAUAAUGAAAAUUUUUCGUUAGUCAGCAAAAAAGUUACUGAAAAUUUAACCGGCACUCAAUGCAAUUUGGAACUUCCAAUUAAAUUAGAACUUGAUGAACAUGUUGAAACCGAUGGGAAAGAGUCCUCCAAGUCUUAUUGUGAAGUUUUAAAUAAAAAUUUAGAGAAAAUAGAUGUCGAACCACUAAAUCAACAAGUCGAAUUUAAAAGACAAGAAAAUUGCAAAGAGAAAAGUGGUGUUAAAGUUAUAGAAGUUCCGGAAUCCCCACCAUCAAAACCAAAAACGACACAUGAAAGACAAGAAAAAGACAAAACGAAAAGUGAUGUCAAAGUUAUUACUAGGCCAUUUCUGUAUGAUUGCGCAAAAUGUUCAGCUAAGCUUCCUAAUCUCGAUCAGUUGAAAUUUCAUAUGAAAGCUCAUUCGGGAAAGAAUUUCUACUGCGAAUCGUGUGAUAGAUUUUUUGUAAACAAUCGAAAUUUGCAGAGGCAUUUAUUAUUGCAUUCUGAAGAAAAAGUAAAGUGUGGAACAACAUCCAAAAAUUUAGACCAACAUCGAAAAAGUCAUUUGGAAAAGAAAACUGUUGUUCAAGCCAUAACCGUUGCAGAACCUUUAACAUUAAAACCAAAUUCGAACUAUAAAACCCAUUAUAGUUGCAUAAAUUGUUCUGCUAAGUUCUCUACUCUUAUUCAGUUGAAAUGCCAUAAAAGAGCUCAUUCAGAAAAAAAGUUUUACUGUGAGUGGUGUGAUCAAUAUUUUGUGAGUAAUCGAAAUUUACAGAAUCAUUUCCGAUCGCAUUCUGAGUUUAAAUGUUCUAAUUGCGAAAAAAAGUUUCAAACUAAAAAAAAGCUGAAAUUGCACGAAAGAACUCAUAAUACUUUUGGUGUUGACAUUGAUGGUAUAGAUUUGGACAAAAAUAAUUGUAUGCCUCACGAAACAAAAUACUUAGAAUGUAAAAUAUGUGAUUUAAAAUUUGACAAAAUAUUUUUAUUAAGGCGACAUUUAAUUGGCCACGGCGAAAUAGAAACUAUAGAUCCCGACUUUGUAGAAAAAAGCAAUCAUUUGAAAAGCCUUAUUCCUGAUAAUAGAGAAGAUAUUCAAAAAAUAAUAAAUUUUAUAAGUGAAGAAGUGCGAAACGGACAUUUUCAUAAAUUUUAUUCUGGGACAAACUUGAUAGGUAAUGAGUUAAAUAUCAGUGAUUCAGAAACUGAUGUAGACGAAACUAAUAGCGAGACUGUAACUUUAUCUCGUUUAUACACAUGCCAAAAUUGUUCUGAAACAUUUGAUCGUCGUUAUAAAAUAUUGAGACAUCAACGGUAUGUUCAUCCAUUAAAGGAACAUAAAUACGAAUGUGAUUUAUGUCAUAUGCGAUAUGUUUCUGAAGAUUUGCUCGAAUAUCAUAAAAAGAGCCAAUGUUAUAACGAUGAAAAAUCGUAUACAUGUGAUGUUUGCCAGAUGAAAUUUAUGUGGAAAGCUAAUAUAGAAAAACAUAUUGCAAUUCAUCACAGUAGUACUGCAGCAUCAACUAAGCCAGAUUUAUUAAAACGACAUUUAAAGACAAAUAUUCAACGAGAAAAAAAGUUUGAGUGUCCGAAAUGUAAAAAAAAAUUUACUACAAAAACAGGUUUGCGUUUACAUAUGGACCUUCACGAUGAAAAACGUUCGGAAGAAGGUAAACAUUUUCUUUGCGUAUUUUGUGGUCGUAAAUUUCGUAAUUCGUCUGCUCUUGUUGUUCAUACGAGGCGUCAUACUGGAGAAAAACCAUUUAAAUGUGAUUUAUGUGAUAAAGCAUUUCCAAGAUCUUCAUGUUUGCACGAACACAGACGAACUCAUACGGGAGAGAAGCCUCAUAAAUGUGGCAUUUGUGGUAAAGGAUGUUCGAGAGCAUAUAAAUUGAGAAGACAUAUGCGUACUCAUACUGGGGAGCGCCCUUUUAAAUGUACUUACUGUGAUCGAGCUUUCGCUCAAGACAAUGAUUUAAAAAUUCACAUUCGUAGACAUACCGGAGAGAAACCAUAUGCAUGUGGAAUUUGUGGUGAUCGUUUUAUUCAAAAAACACUUCUUGAAACACACCGUAAAACACGUGGACAUUAUGAAAAUGUACCGGGUGUUGAUGCCCCAUUUGCUCAUUUAAGUAAAAAUAAUCCGAACCCCUUUAACAAUAUUAAUCGUGUUGAUCAUAUUGGGAUACCUAAUUUUAAAAUUAAAACUGAAGAAAGUGAAAAAGCUCUAUUUGAUUAUUUACGUCGAUUAAACUCUGCAGAAGCUGUUGAAAAUUCAGGUUGUAAUUCAAUUGAAAUUAAGGAUUUCCAACAUGAAAACACUGAUUUUGACGAAAUUUUUAACUCAGAACCUGUCAAUAUUGAUUCAGAUUCAGAUGUUGAUAAAAAUUUUAAUAGUGAACAAGAUGGACAGAAAAAAGAUUCUAUAAGGGAAGAUGAAUUUGUGGAGGAGAAUUAUGACAAUGUUUUGUUAGUCAGCAAAAAAGUUUCUGAAAGUUUAAUCUGCAAUCAAUGCAAUUUAGAAUUUACAACUAAAUCAGGAUUUGAUGAACAUGUUAAAAUCCAUGAAAAGAAGUCUUCCAAGUUUAAUUGUAAAGUUUGCAAUAAAAAUUUUGCCUUAAUUAAAAAUUUUGAACAACAUUUAAAAAAUCAUUUAGAAAACAAAGGUAAUGUUAAACCUAUAGCAGUUCCGGAACCUUUGCCAUCAAAACCACAAACAUUAUUUGAAGGACAAGGGAACGACAAAAAGAAAAUUGAUGUCGAAACUAUAGAAGUUCCAAAAUCUUUACCAUCAAAACGAAAUACAACUUUUGAAAGACUUUUUGGUUGCACAAAGUGUUCAGCUAAGCUUUCUACUCCCACUCAGUUGCAAUUUCAUAUGAAAGCUCAUUCAGGAAAAAGGUUCUAUUGCGAAUUGUGUGAAAGAUUUUUUGUAAACAAUCGGAAUUUACAGAGACAUCUUUACAAUUUGCAUUCUAUUGGAAAAGAAGAAUUCGAAUCUCCUAGUAGCAAAAAAUUGUCUAAACCCGAAAUAAAAUUGAAAUUGCAAGAAAAAAGCCAAAAUAAUUUAAUUGUUGACAUUGAUGGUAUAGACAAAAUUAGUUGUAGACCACAGGAAGUUAUAUAUGUAGAUGAACAUGGAGAAUCUACAAGAGAAAAUGAAAUUGAACAGGAAAAUAAUGACAAUUUUCCAUUAGUCAGCAAAAAAGUUACUGAAAAUUUAACUUGCAAUCAAUGCAAUUUGGAAUCUGCAAAUAAACUGGAAUUUGAUAAGCAUAUUAAAACUCAUGAGAUUGAGAAGAAAUCUGCCAAGCUUUAUUGUGAAGUUUGCAAUAAAUGUUUUGUAUCGAACAAAAAUUUAGAGCGACAUUCGAAAACGCAUUUGGAAAAGAAAGGUGAUGUCGACACUGUAGGCGUUACGGAAUCCUUAACACUUAAACCAAAAAACUCAUUUAAAAGACAACAGAAAAACAAAAAAAAAAGUGAAGUCAAAGUUAUAGCAGAUUCGGGAUUUUUAUCAAUAAAGCCAAAAACGACAUUUGAAAGGCAAGGGAACAUUGAUGGUAUAAACUUAGACAAAAAUAGUUGUGGGCCAAAUGAAACAAUAUAUUUAGAUGAACAAGAUGGACAAAGAAAAGAAUCUAUAAGAGGAGAUGAAGUUAAAGAGAAACAUAAUGAAAAUUUUUCGUUAGUCAGCAAAAAAGUUACUGAAAAUUUAACCGGCACUCAAUGCAAUUUGGAACUCCCAAUUAAAUUAGAACUUGAUGAACAUGUUGAAACCGAUGGGAAAGAGUCCUCCAAGUCUUAUUGUGAAGUUUUAAAUAAAAAUUUAGAGAAAAUAGAUGUCGAACCACUAAAUCAACAAGUCGAAUUUAAAAGACAAGAAAAUUGCAAAGAGAAAAGUGGUGUUAAAGUUAUAGAAGUUCCGGAAUCCCCACCAUCAAAACCAAAAACGACACAUGAAAGACAAGAAAAAGACAAAAGGAAAAGUGAUGUCAAAGUCAUUACUAGGCCAUUUCUGUAUGAUUGCGCAAAAUGUUCAGCUAAGCUUCCUAAUCUCGAUCAGUUGAAAUUUCAUAUGAAAGCUCAUUCGGGAAAGAAUUUCUACUGCGAAUCGUGUGAUAGAUUUUUUGUAAACAAUCGAAAUUUGCAGAGGCAUUUAUUAUUGCAUUCUGAAGAAAAAGUAAAGUGUGGAACAACAUCCAAAAAUUUAGAACAACAUCGAAAAAGUCAUUUGGAAAAGAAAACUGUUGUUCAAGCCAUAACCGUUGCAGAACCUUUACCAUUAAAACCAAAUUCGAACUAUAAAACCCAUUAUAGUUGCAUAAAUUGUUCUGCUAAGUUCUCUACUCUUAUUCAGUUGAAAUGCCAUAAAAGAGCUCAUUCAGAAAAAAAGUUUUACUGUGAGUGGUGUGAUCAAUAUUUUGUGAGUAAUCGAAAUUUACAGAAUCAUUUCCGAUCGCAUUCUGAGUUUAAAUGUUCUAAUUGCGGAAAAAAGUUUCAAACUAGAAAAAAGCUGAAAUUGCACGAAAGAACUCAUAAUACUUUUGGUGUUGACAUUGAUGGUAUAGAUUUGGACAAAAAUAAUUGUAUGCCUCACGAAACAAAAUACUUAGAAUGUAAAAUAUGUGAUUUAAAAUUUGACAAAAUAUUUUUAUUAAGGCGACAUUUAAUUGGCCACGGCGAAAUAGAAACUAUAGAUCCCGACUUUGUAGAAAAAAGCAAUCAUUUGAAAAGCCUUAUUCCUGAUAACAGAGAAGAUAUUCAAAAAAUAAUAAAUUUUAUAAGUGAAGAAGUGCGAAAGGGACAUUUUCAUAAAUUUUAUUCUGGGACAAACUUGAUAGGUAAUGAGUUAAAUAUCAGUGAUUCAGAAACUGAUGUAGACGAAACUAAUAGCGAGACUGUAACUUUAUCUCGUUUAUACACAUGCCAAAAUUGUUCUGAAACAUUUGAUCGUCGUUAUAAAAUAUUGAGACAUCAACGGUAUGUUCAUCCAUUAAAGGAACAUAAAUACGAAUGUGAUUUAUGUCAUAUGCGAUAUGUUUCUGAAGAUUUGCUCGAAUAUCAUAAAAAGAGCCAAUGUUAUAACGAUGAAAAAUCGUAUACAUGUGAUGUUUGCCAGAUGAAAUUUAUGUGGAAAGCUAAUAUAGAAAAACAUAUUACAAUUCAUCACAGUAGUACUGCAGCAUCAACUAAGCCAGAUUUAUUAAAACGACAUUUAAAGACAAAUAUUCAACGAGAAAAAAAGUUUGAGUGUCCGAAAUGUAAAAAAAAAUUUACUACAAAAACAGGUUUGCGUUUACAUAUGGACCUUCACGAUGAAAAACGUUUGGAAGAAGGUAAACAUUUUCUUUGCGUAUUUUGUGGUCGUAAAUUUCGUAAUUCGUCUACUCUUGUUGUUCAUACGAGGCGUCAUACUGGAGAAAAACCAUUUAAAUGUGAUUUAUGUGAUAAAGCAUUUCCAAGAUCUUCAUGUUUGCACGAACACAGACGAACUCAUACGGGAGAGAAGCCUCAUAAAUGUGGCAUUUGUGGUAAAGGAUGUUCGAGAGCAUAUCAAUUGAGAAGACAUAUGCGUACUCAUACUGGGGAGCGCCCUUUUAAAUGUACUUACUGUGAUCGAGCUUUCGCUCAAUCGAAUGAUUUAACAAUUCACAUACGCAGACAUACCGGUGAGAAACCAUAUACAUGUGGAAUUUGUGGUGAUCGUUUUAUUCAAAAAACACUUCUUGAAACACACCGUAAAACACGUGGACAUUAUGAAAAUGUACCGGGUGUUGAUGCCCCAUUUGCUCAUUUAAGUAAAAAUAAUCCGAACCCCUUUAACAAUAUUAAACGUGUUGAUCAUAUUGGGAAACCUGCCUAAACCAAAUUUAUAAAAAUUAUGAAAAUAUAAAAUCAAUGAAAAACAAAUUUCCGGACGACAGAUCUGCAACAAUUUAGGAUGAAUCACUAAAGUAAAUUCAUAAAAUUUCAAAUCUGUAGUUAAGAUUUUUAGAUUCGUUUAUAUGAAUAAAUAAUUUCAAAAAACAUA